CUGAAGCGUAAUAUACUUCCUCGUACACAAAUAGUUGAGCAGAGUUGAAAUACCCGUGUUCCCGGCUGGGGUGUGUAGAUAUACUGGUGUGGGUAGAUAUACUGGUGUGGGUAGAUAUACUGGUGUGGGUAGAUAUACUGGUGUGACAUCAUGGCGGACACUACACUUGUCUUCGUCUUGUGUGCCCUUGCACUCCUGAUCGCUGCCGCUGAAUCUAAUAAUGCGACAGAAAAGAUAAUGUUUAUCACAGACAGCGGUGCAGGUGUAGAUGUCAACGGGAGCGUGUAUCGAUGCACCCUGGAUGGCAGGUCCAGCUGCAGUGUUCUCCCGAUCCACACCCCCAACCCCAGAUGUCCUGUAUACGACCCGGUCUACGACUACGUCUACUGGUCCGACUUUGUUCUCAAAUCUGUUUGUAGGGUCAAGUCUUCAGGAGAAGACUACGAAACGUGGGUGAACGUCUCCAGAAGUUUAUAUGGAAUGGCCCUUGAUCCCGAACUAAGGGCAGUCUUUGUGUUCGACCUGAAAGAUGAUGAUAAUAGCUCCUUGUGGAAGAUAAACAUGGACACAAAGAUCCUGACAAAGGUUCCGAUUGAAAAUUCACCUGUAUGGGGAAUCGCGAUCGACACUCGGAACAAGAAGUUGUUUCUAGCAUUUGUCACAAAAAUCACAAUGAUGAACUACGACGGGAGUAACUAUGUCACCCUACUAAACAAAAAGAAUGGCCAUCAUUUUGGUAUGAUGUUUGAAGGUCACAGACUGUACUACGCCGACACUUCAGUGAGCACUUUGGGAUCCCUGGACUUGGAGACGAACGUUACCACUGUGUACCGUAACGACACUUCAUAUCUGUCUGUUCAUGAGUUCGAAGGUGUUCUGUAUGCUGGGCCUUUUGGAGACAGGGGGACAGUGGAUGUACUUCCUGGAGGCUGUGGGCCACGCUCCCAUGUGUACUUUAACACAUCCAUUCUUGGGGGCAUACGUGCUACCGUCUUCAGGACAUAA